CGACCAACCCAGCGCCCUCAACCCUCACCACCACCUACCCUCAUAUCGCACCAUGUCUCCUCCCGCAACUAUUAUCCUGAAACAACCCCUCCCCACCGACGCAGUCAGCCUCGGGCGCCUGGUCCAAAACCCCCAGGACCCCUCCCAAGACUACUACGAACCGCCCACCCCACCGACUGAUGUAUCAACGCAACGCCUGGAGAAAUUCAACGAACUUCUCACCAAAACCCGCGACACGCGGCUCCACGCCUUCCUCACUACGAUCAUCUCCUCCUCCACCUCGUUCAGCAACGAGCAAACCACGCAAAUCGACUCCGCGCUCUGCAUCACCCGCCAACUGCACAACUCAUCCGACUAUUUCCGAGACCUGUGCCUGGUCCCCCGGGCCCGCAGGUGGCUUGAGUACGCCAUCACUCGGAAAUUCAAAGUGUAUCUGGUUGUCGGCUUGAAGACCGUUACCGACGCCACCGUCACAUUGCGAGAAGGCCGGUCCCGAGAGGUAGCCGCCGAGGCGCAGGUCCCCGUGGGGGCGGCCGCUGCCUCGGUGGGUGUGAUGUUGCCGGGGGUCGUGGACCCGGGGUUCGGAGUAUCGAAUGCGCGAGGGACGGCAUCGGAGGUGGGGUUCUUUGCCCCGGGGGAGCAGGUUUAUGCGGUGCAGUAUCGGCGGGUGGAGUUUGCGAGGUUCUCGGGAAGGAAGAUCGAGACGAGUUGGUUGGAGAGUGGGAAUCGUUGGGAGUUAUAUAUUGGGUCGAGGGGUGCAAGGGAGGAGGGUGAGGAUAGGGAGGUGAAUGGGAUGGAGGUGACGCUUGGGGAGGAUACUGGCGAAGAGAUACUUGGGGGACAUGGGGAAGUCGUGGCUUUAGGAGAUGAGAAGGUCUAUUUUUUUCCAUAGUUUCUCACAAUUUUAUAGAUCGCCCCUGGGAUCCAGUC